AUGGCACUUGCAGUGGAGAUCAACGACACGGUUCCAGUGUCGGUCAAUCGGAAGUUUGUUAUGGAAUCAGUACAAACCAAUUGUGAUCACGACUUUGUGGAGUAUUUUAAAAAUGUGCCUAAUCAAAAAUUUCUCUACACUUUCCGUGUAGUCAAACCGGUUAAAACCUUUACAAUCAGCGUUGUCCUGCGUGCAGUACAUAUGAAACGUCAAUCUUUUGUGGAAUCAGUUGAAACUAAUUGCGAUCACGACUUUGUGGAAUAUUUCAAAAAAGUACCUGAUCAAACUUUGCUCUAUACUUUUCGAGUAGUUAAGCCGGCUGCUUCCUUCAGCAUCAGCAUUACGAUGCGUGCUGUGAAGUCCCAACGAAUAUUGUACCAAUUAAAAAAGAUAGAUGGCUGCCAGUUUUUAUCAAAUCAGUUUUUUAAGAAGAUGUUUGCUGAGAGCUAUGCCACUUUAAUUGUGAACAACUCAUUCUUUAACUGCCCGAUUUCCCCAAAAGUUUACUAUCUAAAGAAUUUGACCAAUGCAUUGAUUUCACCGAUUUUUCAUCCAACUGGUUAUUAUCAAGCAAGCGUUCGUAUCAGAAUGCCGGAGACUUCAGCCCCAUUUGUUAUGGAAAUUGUCUGGAAGUACAAUGUAAAAUAA